CAGAAAUAACGUUAAAAACUAAAAUAAUAUAAUCUUAAAAUACUCGCUAUUUCAGAACUUUGUUUCUCUUCAUGCAAUCCUCACCAUCGUUCUCCACUUCCAUCAUCACAGAAAUUCCAUACUCUACCACCAAUGGAGUCGCUUCACCCGCUGCACUUUGCCUUGACGAUCGCCUUACCACUGUGUUCCUUUAGUUUUCUUUUCAGACACAUGAGAACCGAGAUACAAUGAAAAAGUGAAGAGACAUUCUUCUCAAAAAUUUUACUCUGAGUGUUGGUUUAUAUGAAAGUAACACCGAUUUUCAAGCAGGUAAUGGUCACCAAGAAAAUGACUUUCAGUUUACAUACGGAGGUUGGGAGUUAUCUAAUGGGAUACAUUCACUAUAUGCAAAUAGCCACCCACUUAUGGUUGAGAAUACUUAAAGAAACUAAAGAGAAUGACAAGCACCAUGUCUAAGGUGAAUGCUUUUGCUGACAGAAUAGUGAGUCUGCUGAAGCAUUGCCAUAGUGUUGUUCAGGUUCAGCAGAUUCAAGCACAACUCAUUGUACACAACCUCCAUUCCCACACCACCAUUGCUCAGCACUUCAUCUCUGCAUCCCAAAACCAUGGCCUCCUCAACUCUGCAACUCUUCUCUUUACCCUCUUCCUUCCAAAACCUCAUGUCUUCAUCUGCAACUCUCUCAUCAGAGCCUUCUCCCACUCUAACAUCCCUCACACCCCUCUAUCCAUUUACGCCCACAUGCACAACAACUCCAUUGUCCCCAACAACUUCACCUUCCCUUUCCUCUUUAAGUCAUUGUCCGACUCGUGCGACCUCAUUGGUGCCCAGUGUGUGUACACUCACGUCGUCAAAUUGGGGCAUUUGAAUGAUGUUUAUGUGCAGAAUUCGGUUCUUGAUUUGUAUGCGUCGUGUGGGGAUAUGUGGUUGUGUCAGAAACUGUUUGAUGAAAUGCUCCACAGAGAUGUUGUAUCAUGGACUGUGAUGAUUAUGGGGUACCGGAAAGCUGGCAAGUAUGACAAUGCCUUGCUUGUGUUUGAACAAAUGCAGUAUGCUGGUGUGGAGCCUAAUAGGGUCACCAUGGUGAAUGCCUUGGCUGCUUCUGCUAAUUUUGGUGCUAUUGAGAUGGGGACUUGGAUACAUGAUAUUGUGAGGAGGAACAAGUGGGAACUGGAUGUUGUAUUGGGGACAGCAUUGAUCGAGAUGUAUGCCAAAUGUGGCAGAGUUGAAGAGGGGAUGAGUGUUUUCAGUAGCAUGAAGGAGAAGAAUUUAUAUACUUGGAAUGCAGUUAUCAAGGGACUUGCUUUAGCUAAGAGUGGAGAGGAGGCAAUUUGGUGGUUUGAUAGAAUGCAGAAAGAUGGGUUUAGACCUGAUGAUUUGACUUUGGUUGCUGUUCUUUCUGCUUGCAGCCACUCAGGAUUGGUAGAGACUGGUAGACAGAUCUUCAGGUACUUGGUUAAUGGCAAGUAUGGAUUUCAGCCUAAUGUCAAACACUAUUCUUGCAUGGUUGACCUUUUAGGUCGUUCUGGCCGGUUGCAGGAGGCUUUUGAGUUCAUAAGGUAUAUGCCGUUUGAACCAACGAAAGCUAUGUGGGGUUCCUUGUUGGCUAGUUCAAAAUCUCAGGGUAACUUGGAGUUGAGUGAAUUGGCAGCCAGAAAGCUAGUUGAAUUGGAGCCAGAUAACACUGCAUAUUAUGUUCAUCUGUCUAAUCUGUAUGCAGAGAUGGGAAGAUGGAGUGAUGUUGAGAAAGUAAGGGGAAUGAUGAAAGAUAGACAAUUGACGAAAGAUUUGGGAUGUAGUUCUGUGGAGGUUGAAUGCCAAGAACAUGUUGGGGAACUUGUGGCAUAAAUCUCUCAUAAUUUUUUUAUGCAACUCAAGAUAGAAAACUUUUUUAUCCUUUCCAGAUUUGGUGUUUGAUCAUUUGUGAGUUAGUUUGCAAUUGUUUGCAUGGUAUUGUUAAUUUGAAGAUAUAAAUAGUGUAAUCAAAGACAUAA